AUGGGCUGAAGGGGCUCGAAGAAUGGCGGUUGUUGGGCUACCACCAAUGGGCUGCUUGCCGAUUGUCAUAACCUUGAACUCACCCCAUGGCCUUAAGCAACGUGGCUGUCUUGAUAGCUAUUCCUCCGUUGCGCGAAAUUACAACAAAAUCCUCCAAAAUGAGUUGCAAUUCAUGCACAAUAGCUUGGCAAUGUUUGGUGCUAGGAUCUCCUACGUUGACAUAUAUGAACCAUUGAUGGAGAUGAUCCAAGGACCCAAAAAAUUUGGUUUUGAUAAGAUUUUUAAUGGAUGCUGUGGAACUGGAUACCUUGAAACAUCAUUUUUGUGCAAUCCACUUUCAUAUACGUGCCCUGAUGCAACUAAAUACAUGUUUUGGGAUUCAAUACACCCGACUGAGAAGACAUACUACUAUCUCUUUAAGAACACACUUCCCAUUCUCGAUUUUCUCUUGAAGGAUUAAAACGGAUCUGUAUUAAUUAAUUUUCCAAUUAUCAUUUCUAUUUAUGUCUGUUGUGUUUCUUUGACAACGAUGUGUUAAGUAUUUGUCGUUGGGACUUUCCAAAUUAU